GGCCCGCCGCCGCACACCAACACUUCCCCUCUCCCGUGCCCUCGUGCGACGGCGAUCAUUCCGGUACCUUCUCCCACCUCCCGACCCCCUUCCGUCGCUCCACCCAAACCGCUGCGGUUCCUCCUUCCUCCUUUCUCGGCCGCCCGCCCAUCGGAAUCCAGGGAAAACCGCCGCCAUGGCGUCGGCGCCCGGCGGCGAUCCAGUGCUCGCCGCCUGCAAGGACAAGCUGAAGCACUUCCGAUUAAAAGAGCUAAAAGAUGUCCUGUAUAAGAUUGGACUUUCAAAGCAUGGAAAGAAGCAGGAACUAGUGGAUAAAAUCAUUGCAAUAUUAUCCGAUCAACAGGAUCAAGCCUCCAAAAUUGAUGGCUUACCAAACAGACUGAUGGUUGGAAAAGAAACGGUAGUGAAAAUAGUCGAGGACACUUUUAGAAAAAUGCGUGAGCCUGCAAAUGCUGUUUCAGCCUCUGGAAACCAGAACGAGCUGGGGUACAGUGUAAUGCCUAUGAAAAACCCAGAUGAUUCUGCUCAGCUGGAUAUCAAGGUCCGUUGCCCCUGUGGUAAUUCCAUGGCCACUGGGUCCAUGAUUCAGUGUGACCAUCCACGAUGCAAUGUAUGGCAACAUAUUGAUUGUGUCAUCAUACCUGAGAAGACUGCAGAUACUGCUCCUCAAGAACUACCUUCCAGUUUCUAUUGUGAGAUGUGCCGAGUCAGCAGGGCAGACCCUUUCUGGGUCACUAUUAACCACCCAUUACUUCCAGUGUCAGUAGCUCCUUCGAACAUAAUGGCAGAUGGGUCAUAUACUGUACAGUAUAUCGAGAAAACCUUUCCGUUAUCAAGAGCUAAUAGGGAAAUGCUACAGAAAGCUGAAUAUGACAUUCAGGUUUGGUGUAUCCUUCUCGAUGACAAAGUUCCUUUCAGGAUGCACUGGCCUUUACAUUCUGACAUGCAAGUUAAUGGUAUUCCUGUUCGGGUUGUCAGCAGGCAAGCUACACAGCCGUUAGGGGCCAAUGGUAGAGAUGAUGGUCUUAUGUUAACACAGUUUUUGAAAGAAGGUCCCAAUAAGAUUGUUCUAUCUAGAAGUGACUCUCGUGCGUUCUGUUUGGGUGUCAGAAUUGCCAAGAGGAGAUCUCUGGAAGAGGUCCUAAAUUUGGUACCAAAGGAACAGGAUGGUGAGAAGUUUGAUGAUGCCCUUUCUCGUGUGCGUCGCUGCGUCGGUGGGGGGACUGAGGCAGAUAAUGCAGACAGUGAUAGUGAUAUUGAGGUUGUUGCUGAUUCAGUCUCUGUAAAUCUCCGAUGCCCUAUGACUGGUUCAAGGAUUAAGGUAGCUGGUAGGUUCAAACCCUGUGUCCACAUGGGUUGUUUUGAUUUAGAAGCUUUUGUGGAACUGAAUCAACGUUCACGGAAGUGGCAAUGCCCAAUUUGCCUGAAGAACUAUUCUCUGGAGAAUCUAAUUAUUGAUCCUUAUUUCAAUCGCAUCACUUCGCUAAUCAAAAGCUGUGGAGAUGAUAUAUCAGAAAUCGAUGUCAAGCCGGAUGGUUCCUGGAGAGCUAAGGGUGGAGCUGAACUGAAGGAUCUUAUGCAGUGGCAUUUACCAGAUGGCACUCUCUGUAUGUCCACAGGUACAGGACCGAAACCCAACACGGGUGUUGUAAAGCAAGAGAUUAAAGAAGAACCGUUGCCUGAAAAUAAGGGUUCUCGUCUCAAACUGGGAAUUAGGAGAAACAACAAUGGCAAAUGGGAAAUUAGCAAGAAAGGGGAUGUUAAUUUGAAACCAACUUCUUAUAAUGAUCAGAGUAGAGACUUUGAUAAUGGGAAAUGCGUCACCCAUACAAGCAACAGUAAUCAUGAGGAUGCUAAAGGUGGAAGUUAUAAUUCAGAACCGGGACAAUCUGAUCACCCUACGAGCAGUGUAUAUGAUCUGAAUACUUCUCCUGGGGAUGAACAUGUUCCAAUAGUUCUGAGCGACUCAGAUGAUGAAAAUGCUACGGUGUUGUCUCCUAGUGCAGUGAAUUGUGGCGCAGCAAAUGACACCGGAUAUGAGUUUCCACCGCCCAAUCCACUUGACACUUCAGGAGGCCCAGAUGAAACUUCAUUUUUCCUUAAUGAAAACUUUGAUGAUCUGGGGUUGUCAUUUUGGGAGUAUCCUUCGACUACCCAAGAUGAUCCAGGAAUACAAGGAACAGAUAAUCUGGGUGAAGUGCAAAACUACCCUGCCACCAAUCUAUCUCUGCACGAGCCAGUUUCUACGGUUAAUUUGGGCGUAUUAGCACCAGCAGCAAACCAACCAGAAUAUGGGAAUGAUGGAAGUUUAAAUAAUGCCAAAAACACUUCCCGGAAAAGGAAGAACCCUGCGAAUGAAAUAACAUCUUUAGAUGCUUCAGUUCUCAUGAGUGGCAAUGACGACGACGACUUUGCUGGGGAUGGAUCUGGUGGCACUUCCUCACUGUCUGGUCAGCCACGGUCAGUUCGACCAAAAUCCGUACUAGCUAUUGAGUCAGAUUCUGAUUAGCGUCCCUAGUUGGGUGCCCCCGUACUAUUGGUUGGUCGGCCGGAGGUGUGAGAUGCAUGCUGUUCGCUUGGUGGAAUGGUUCCUCUGGUUUUGUUUGUGAUCCAGGACUGACUGUCCCUCCAUGUCUGUCUUUCCAAGAAGGAUGAAAAUGAACGCAGUGGUAUCUAUCUAUAUAGGAAGCAGUUCUUUUUUCUUUUUCUAUCAUUCUCCUUUAAUGAUUCAUGGUGAUCACUUUGGAGGCAGUAGAAGAAUUUAGGGAAGGGUGCAAAGCUCCUCCAUCGUGCCUGCCUGUAGGCAAAAGUCUGUAGCAUAGCUAGCUAGCUAGCAGGAACUGAGGGUCAGUUGCUGUACAUGUAGUCUCCCGUCUUUAAAGAGUUUCCUUUUGUUCAGCCUGUGGUAAGAACUAAUAUGCCAUGCUUCGAUAUUUUA